AUGGGAGCAUAGUGUUGUAACAAUUACUAGUAUCCCGAAGAUAUGGAACCAUGUGAUGAUGUAGAAUCGAAACGUCUUGAUGCUCGAUAAAUUAAUAUUAAGUACAAUUACAAGAAGAAGUAAAAAGGGAUGGAUUCCAGUCAAGCCACAAAAACUUAAGAGAGAACAAAGUAGUUAGCUGUGACUUUAAAGAGUGGAGGAGUGUACUUGGGAGAUUGGAUUGGCAAUAAGAGGGAAGGUUAUGGAAUAUUGAAAUGGCCAGAUGGUUCUGAAUAUUAAGGGGAAUGGAAAAAUAAUAAAGCAAAUGGAUAGGGCAAAUUUAUAUAUCCAGAUGGUGAUUAUUAUGAAGGAGAAUGGGAGAAUGAUAAAUAGAAUGGUUAAGGAACUUUUUAAUCUUAGAAUGGAGGUAAGUACGAAGGGUAAUGGAAAGAUGAUCUAUAAUAAGGAUUUGGAAUUGAAACUUGGGAGGAUGGAAGUAGCUAUGAAGGAUAUUUUUAUGAAGGUAUAAAAUAAGGAUAGGGUACAUAUAAAUGGAGUGAUGGUUCAUAAUAUACAGGAUUAUGGAUAAAUAAUAAGCGACAUGGUUAAGGAGUACAAAUUUGGAAGAAUGGUAAGGAAUAUUAGGGGGAGUGGUUUGAAGAUUAUAUGUGUGGAUAAGGAUAGAUGAAAUGGGCCAAUGGUUGUUAAUAUCUAGGCUUAUUUAAUAAAGAUGCUCCAAAUGGGUAUGGAAUAUUCAAGUGGGGAAGUAUAAGAUUCAAGAAUAUAUUAGAUGGAAGGAGUUAUGAGGGUAGUUUUAAGUCAUCUAAGCCUAAUGGGAAGGGUAAGGUAGUAUUAGAAAAUGGGUAAACAAGAUUUGGUGAAUGGCAAGAAGGAAAGCUGUUGAAAUGGUAUGAUAAUUAGUAAGAAGUAUAAAAGGAGAACUUUGAUAUACUUAAUUUGGAAGAUUUAUGA